AUGGCCAAGGAAGCAACUGCCCGUUCGGGCCUGAUUGUCGGCAUCAACAAGGGCCACAAAACCACCCCCCGCGUCGUCAAGCCCCGUGUCUCCCGCACCAAGGGUCACCUGAGCAAGCGCACCGCCUUCGUCCGCGACAUCGUCAAGGAGGUUGCUGGUCUCGCUCCCUAUGAGAAGCGUGUGAUUGAGUUGCUCCGCAACUCCCGGGACAAGCGUGCCCGUAAGCUCGCCAAGAAGAGGCUCGGUACCUUCGGUCGUGCCAAGAAGAAGGUCGACGAGCUCCAGCGUGUCAUCGCUGAGUCCCGUCGUGCCGGCCACUAA